ACGAACACAACCAUCCAAAUCCAAAGUCAAACUAACAAUCUCUCGCGUUCAUUCUUCUUCCAUUUCCAUUUUUUUCUCCAACUCCUGCGGUUCUCCUGCAUUUUUCUUGCCGUCCCCAACAUUCUCUUCCUUCCAUUUCUUCAAAAGUUUCUGUUUUUUUCACUACCCACAUUAGGGUUGAUGUUUAGAUUGGGAAGACUAGAUACAAAUGCUGUUUUUUCUGACAUAAGGUGUCAUAUUUGUUGAUGCUGCAAAAUGGGUAAGUAAAUUACAAGGCAAUUAUCAUCAUCAUCAGAACAGAAAGCAAUCAGAGUGAAUUUAGAGGUGUUGAGGAAGGUGCGGUUUGUGGCAUUUGUGUUAAGUUGUGUUUGUUUUUGGGUUUUCGGUGAUGGAAGGGUUGGAUGUGUUGAUAGAGAGGUUAUUGGAAGGGAAGAAUAACAGAGGGAAGAGGAUUCAGCUGAAUGAGUCAGAAAUUAGACAGCUUUGCAGCACUGCCAAGCGAGUCUUCAUGAGCCAGCCUAUUCUCCUUGAAUUAGAAGCUCCCAUCAACAUCUGUGGCGAUAUACAUGGCCAAUAUCCAGACCUUUUGCGCUUGUUCGAGUAUGGGAAAUUCCCACCAAAUGCCAAUUACCUUUUUCUUGGAGAUUAUGUGGACAGAGGAAAGCAAAGCAUAGAGACUAUAUGCCUGCUCCUUGCUUACAAGAUCAAGUUCCCAGAUAAAAUUUUCCUUCUCCGGGGGAACCACGAAUGUGCUUCUAUCAACAGAAUCUAUGGAUUCUAUGAUGAGUGCAAGCGCCGUUUUAGUGUCCGUCUAUGGAAGAUAUUCACUGAUUGCUUCAACUGCUUGCCAGUGGCUGCAGUGGUUGAUGGCAAAAUACUCUGCAUGCAUGGUGGGCUUUCACCAGAAAUGCAGAGCUUGGAUCAGAUAAGAGGUAUAGAAAGGCCAACAGAUGUUCCAGACCAAGGCCUAAUUUGUGACCUUCUUUGGGCUGAUCCAGACAAAGACAUCAAAGGGUGGGGUGAGAAUGAUAGGGGUGUCUCUUUUACCUUUGGCGCAGACAAGGUAGCUGAGUUCUUGAAGAAACAUGACCUUGAUCUCAUUUGUCGUGCUCAUCAGGUUGUUGAAGAUGGUUAUGAAUUCUUCGCUGAAAGGCAGCUGGUCACUAUAUUCUCUGCACCAAACUAUUGUGGAGAGUUCAACAAUGCAGGGGCACUGAUGAGCGUGGAUGCAACUUUGCUCUGCUCAUUCCAGAUUCUGAAGCCCGGGAGAGGAAAACUUGGACUGAUGGAGUAGUUUCAAAACCAAGAACCAUUUGUUUUUCUAUUCUAUUGUUGUGUGCCCCUUUCGGUGUAAAACUUUAGAUUAAAAUCUUUUAUUCUCUUCAGUGAUAGAUUGAUUAAUCUGAAGCAUCAGAAAGAUGUGUAUAUAUACCAUAACUUACUGGUGCAUUUGCUUUGUAAAUUGAAAUUUUUGAAAAAUCAAAAACAAAUAUGGGAUUCUAGA